GGUGACGACAGUUCCGUUAGCCCAGAGGUUGGGGAAGAGAAAGAGCCGGGACUUGGAGAAAUCGCCGGCUGGAGCUAGGAACCUUUAAGAGGCCGGGGGGCGGACGGGCGGGGGGCGGCCGCGGCGGGCUCUCCGCCAUGCCUGCCCGCUGCGUGGCCGCCCACUGCGGCAACACCACCAAGUCCGGCAAGUCCCUGUUCCGCUUCCCCAAGGACCGCGCAGUGCGGCUGCUGUGGGACCGCUUCGUGCGGGGCCACCGCGCCGACUGGUACGGGGGCAACGACCGCUCCGUCAUCUGCUCCGACCACUUCGCCCCCUGCUGCUUCGACGUCUCCUCCGUCAUCCAGAAGAACCUGCACUUCUCCCAGCGCCUGCGGCUGGUGGCGGGCGCCGUGCCCACCCUGCACCGGGCUCCGGCCCUGCCCUCCGAGGAGCGCCCAGAAGAGCCGGCCCCGGCCCCGGCCCCGGCCCCGGCCCCGGCGGCGGAGGAGCCCGGAGAGGAGCCACCGGCGGGGCAGCAGCUGGACAAGCCCCCCGCCGACCCCACCCCCUGCAGACCCCUCCUCCCCGCCAGGAAGAGGCCCGCGACUGCCCAGAUUACAUAUGAAUAUGAAGCUACCCAGACACAAGUAGAUGUUGAUCACCAAUCUAAUGAUGUCACUUCCGUGCCUCCUUACUGUGAAGAAGGCUUAGUGUCUGUAGAUGUUGAUGUUCAUGCACUUAAGAUGCAUAAAAGUACACAGAUUUCUCUGAAAAGGCCCCCUCAUCAUAGUGUGGGUAUUCAGGCCAAAGUAAAAAUACCAAGUAAACGACUCUGUGAUGCAACUACUCAAACAGAUGAAUUAUGGUCUGUUCCUAGAACUUCUUCCCUGUUUGGCAUUUAUUACAGUGAUUCUGAAACAAAUACUGACUGGGAUAUCAAGAAUGAACAGAGGGAUUUAUCUUACAUAGCUGUUCAGGUGAAAGAAGAGACAUGUUGAAUGUGGACAUCAUCAAAUCAUUCAAUGUAUUGUAGAUAAUUAUAUAUAAUUAUUUCUUUGAUCUUGUAAUUCUGUUAUUUCUUCAUGAAAAUUUGAUAUUUCAUCACCAACGAGCCUUGUUUUAAGUGAGACAAAAAUUUGCCUACAUUCAGAGGUAUCGGAAAUGGUUUUGACAGCCCCUUCACCCCAUGUCCUUCUUUUUAAAAACUAGCAAACUCAUACAAAAGCAAUUUAAGAUUUCCAGAGACAAAUCAAGCAUCUGCCACUUAAGAAUAUCAUUCUUCAAACUACUUUAAAACCGUAAAACAACAACAAAAUGACUUCAGGAAAAGCCAAAUAAUAGGAAAUGAUUAGGGUAAGAGUAGGAUAUUUAUGUUUAGAUGUUUAUCUACUGAGAUGACCUGUAUUUUAUUUAGUUCUGAUACCAUUAGAAUUAUGACUCCAUACCUGUGAGGGUUCCUAGUGAAAGUUUUGUAUCUCAUAGAAAAAUUUUUGUGGAUAAUGGCUUAAUUGUUGGUUGGAUUUGGUUUACAACUGCCUUGUGAGUCAGAUUAACACAUCAAUUUACAGUCUUAAAUAAUAAUUUGGAUUUCUAUUAAUUUCAUACAUAUAUAGGAAUUGUUAAAGUCUGAUAAAAUGUUAGACUGCAUUUCCAGGAAAAUUUGACAUCUGACCUUUCAUAACCUAAUUUUUCCCCUAUCAAAACCAUUUUUACUUUAUAUUUUAAUAAAUUAAAUGUUUGGAAAGUAAGUAUGUGCAAGUUAACUUGUAUCAACCAGGGAAAUUCCUAUGGCAAUAUCAUUCAAAUAGCCAUUCCGUUACUGUGAUUUCUGGAGACACUUACUUUAUGUACUAUAAUUUUUUUUUUUUGAAAACAAUAGAAAGAAGCUUCCACUUUGCAUCUGUCGUGCACUAUUGGUUCUGUGCAGAUGGAGUGCACAUAUUUUAUCUCUAAAGGUGUAAAUAAUAAAAGGAGUUUUUUGAAGUUCAUUUCAACUCUGACUUAAAUUGACCAGUAUAAUUUUUAAAAAUAAAAUAUAAAAUUAAUUUUGUUUAAGAUCUGGUAGUGAGGGGGCAGCUAGGUGGCAGAGUGGAUAAAGCACUAGCUCUGGAUUCAGGAAGACCCGAGUUCAAAGCCAGCCUCAGACACUUGACACUUACUAGCUGUGUGACCCUGGGCAAGUCACUUAACCCUCAUUGCCCCGAAAAAAUAAAUAAAUAAAUAAAAAUUUAAAAAAAUAUAUCUGGUAGUGAAAAUUGGAGGCUGGAACAAAUAAUGUAUAAAUAAGUAGCAUUCCUCUUUACUUUGUUUUAAGCUUAUGACCUGAAUGAUCAUUUGGUUUGAAAAAAUAAGUAUCCAUAGCCUCCUAAGCUUGGUGCUAAGGGAGUUUCUAAUAAUGUCUGAUCUCCAUCCAUCUGAAUAACAAACACAGACAUGUAUAUGGUGCUUUAAAGUUUCUGAAAUGCUUGCAUAGAAUCUCACAUUUGAGUCUCACAACAGUCCUAUAACAUAGGUGCUAUAUCUGUUUUAUGGAUGAAGAAACUGCUGCUCAGAAAAGUGGCCUGACUUCCUUGUGGCCACUAAGCUACUGUAAGAGAUGAUGUCGAAGGAAAGACAUUAAAGGCACAGAGCUCCAGACACAAUUACCCCCAAAACAGCAAUAAAACAACCCCUGGAGCAGCAAAACCCACAAAAAAAUGGGCUGAGAUUAUUCUCCAGCCAAAGACAGAUUAAAGGGGGCCAUGCUGGGCUGCAAGAAGAAUCCAACCCCACACUCAUGCCAAAACAGACCCCAGGCAGGCUGCACCAGAGAAACUUACCCCUGAGCCUCCAAAUCAGCUGCAGUGCCUGGAAUUGAGUUUUUGGUGGGUUGAGAGGGCUGAGCGGCUGGCCAGGGGAGAAAGUGCAGGGGUGUCUGAGGGACCUAAGGAGGAAUUGGGCUAUCCCACCCCAGCAGGGAACCAGGAAGAAAUCCCGAGCAAUGGGAGGCCCACGUGGGGGAGGGGUACAGGUUCAUCAGAGUUAAGAACCACAACAGCACACAAAGUUCUGCUGGCUGGUUAAUUAGCAAGUUGGCCUUGAGGUUAUUUUAGGACCAGAGAACAGGCCAGGUGAGAGAAAAACUUGUCCUCCCUCAAACCC